AUGCAAAAUACUAAACUAUUUGUUAUGAUUUCUUGGUUAAUUCUUGUAUUUUUUGUUUGUCUUAUUCGAUGUCCAUGUGGUAGACAAUCAUCGACAGCGUUUGAAAAACGCAAAGAAAUACACUGUUCCACUACUGAUGAAAAAUGGAUGGAGGCAUAUAAUUCACUCGAUUCAUUCUUAAAUGAUAUAAACACUGAUAUUUAUAAAAUGUUUGUACAACUUUUAAAAUUAUAUUAUGAACAGAAUCACGGAAUCAGUGAUGGAAGUUAUGACCAAUUGUCUAUCGAUCAGAAAAAAGAAACAAAACAAUAUAUUGAAGAUGAAAAACAUCAUAUUCAAAUAUUGAAUUAUCAUAGAAAUAAGAAUGAGUGUGACGUAGCAAUGCCUCUAGAAGAUGAAUUGACUCAAUUACUUGAUUCUGUGGACGGCCAAAUUUUAAUUGACGAAGAUAUCAUUCAAAAACGUGACCGAGGGAAAAAGUCUAUUAUGACCGAAUUAAUAGAACGUUUAAAUGAACAAAAACUUCGAGCUGAAGGAGCAAGUAGCGACGUUUUUGUCCCACCUCGAAUGGCUCGACGGCUUAAAGCUGAAACAGCAGCUGCCACCAAUGUAAGACAAGAAAUGUCAGAAUUACAACGAAAAUUAGCGGCACGGCGUGAACAAAAGGAUGCAGCUUAUACAAUAGAUACAUGUGGUGCCUCUACUAUGAGUGAAAAACUUACAUCAUUGAAAACGCGUCCAGAACCAUUUAGUUUUGGUGGUUCGAGUACCAGCGGAGGACAAGGUAUUACUUCACCUGGAGCAUUCAGGCCGACAACACCAGGUCAUAUAAGAUUGGAGCGUCUCAUACAAUCAUCAUCAUCUAGCACUUCAUCAAUGUCAUCAAAAUCAGCAAGCUUUCGUGGGGGCCUUCUUCGCCCAUCUGUACCUCGUACAGCAAUCGUAGAACAGAGAAAAAUUAUUGGUACUAGUGGUGAUAAUGACUUAAUGUCAAAACUUGCAGCUAGAAGAAAAUGGGAAGACGAAAAAGAUGACGCAGGAAACUAG